AUGACUUUUUGGGCCUGGAUUGCGCUCACGGGACACAGCGGAAUUCAUUCGAGGUCGAGUCUGAGAACGCUCCCACGAGAGACAGCGCGAGUACGUAGGGUGCUGUGGCGGUUGUCGCCUGAACACCCACAUCUCGGGCGCAGUGUGUUUACACCAUCCCGUACCACGGCGCGUCCGUCAGAAGCGCGUGAGCGACUACCGCGUAGCGCUUUGCCACACCUCCGCUCAAACUACUCCUUACCUGAAACAGCGAUGCUCGGGAGCGGUACUGGACACGGAAGUUCUGAUGGAAAGGGAGCACCACUACCAGCAACGACGACGACGACGACACACCAGAGUGACGAGCGCCUGCUCACACUCGACGAACUAGUGCUGAGUGCGGGGUUCGCCAGUCGUCUACCCGCGGACCCGGAAACUGCAAACUACGUCCGCGUAGUGCGCGGUGCGGCACUUUCGUUUGUGCACCCGUCACCGACCUGGACGGAGCCGGUGCUUGCUGUCUGGUCAGACAGGUGUGCGCGUGCUUGUCUUGACCUCGAGGUGAGGCCCUCAGAGCGAGACUAUGCAGCACGUGUGUUCAGUGGCCUCGCGAUGUUGCCCGGAUCGCGACCCUAUGCGCAGCGCUACGGCGGACACCAGUUUGGCGUCUGGGCAGGUCAGCUUGGCGACGGUCGUGUCAUUGUGUUGGGUGAGUACCAGAAUCGAUGCGGCGAGACCUGGACCUUGCAGCUGAAAGGCGCAGGCAAGACGCCGUUUGCUCGUUUCGCUGACGGGCGCGCUGUCUUGCGCAGCAGCGUGCGAGAGUUUCUCGCCAGUGAAGCGCUACAUGCGCUGGGCAUCCCUACCAGUCGUGCGUUGUCCCUUGUGGUCACUGGUGACAAAGUCGUGCGGGACAUGUUCUACGACGGCAAUCCACGCGAGGAGCCUGGCGCUGUCGUUUGCCGUCUAGCUCCUUCAUGGGUGCGGUUCGGAACGUUUGAAUUGGCAACGGACUGGAAUGAGCUGGAGCUUCUUCGACAGCUUGCGGACGAUACGAUUGUACACCACUACCCGGCAUUGCUGGCACAUGAGCGUUCUCACGGCAAGCGCACAUCCGCAGACUCGAGCCGCAGCGCAAGAAAUGAAGAGUCCCAGAACCCAAUGCCGUAUCGAGCGCUUUUACUCCAAGUCGCUGAACGAACAGCUGCGCUAGUUGCCGGCUGGCAAAGCGUCGGUUUCGUACACGGAGUCUUGAACACCGACAAUAUGAGUAUUCUGGGGAUCACCAUAGACUAUGGUCCGUUCGGCUUCCUGGACGCUUACAUGCCCGAGUACACGCCGAAUACCACAGAUCUUCCGGGUCGACGCUAUUGUUAUGCGUUACAGCCGACCAUCUGUUUGUGGAAUCUGCUUCAACUAGUGCGUGCAUUCGAGCCGCUCACUGGUACUAAUCUCUCGGAGGAAGUGAGUCAGACCUACGAGACCAAGUUUCGCGAAGAGAUGUCCGCACGCCUGCGAGCCAAACUCGGUUUCCAAACCUGGAACUCGGAUGCAGAUAAUGGACUUGUGCGGGACCUGUAUGAGCUCAUGCGUCAGGAUCGAGCGGAUUUUACACGCACCUGGCGAGCGCUGUCCUGGUUAGAGCCCGUUGCUUGUCUACAGAAAAGCGACGCCUCGCUCGAGCCGCUGCUUCGCGUACUCCCAGAGCCGGUUCGAAAGAAUCCGGACCGACUUGAAGCUUGGCGACUUUGGGUGCAACGUUACGCAGAGCGUACGCUGGCCGAAGACAACUUUGAUGGGACUGCACGGCGCAAGCAAAUGCAAGCCGCGUCUCCCAAGUACAUUCUACGGAAUUACAUGGCUCAGGUGGCAAUUGAAAAGGCGGAAAAUGAACAGGAUUUUUCGGAAAUCGAGCGACUGCUCAAGUUACUCGAACAUCCGUACGCAGAACAGCCCGAAAUGGAGGCACUCUACGAUCGGGAGCCACCGACAUGGUCCCAGCGCCUUGGAGUGUGCAUGAACAGCUGCUCUUCCUAA